CAAAGCAGACGAUACGAGCAGAGAUGGGCAGCACAAGCACCAGUUCUGCUCUUAUCCACCAUUUCCCCCUCACCACUCGCAACUUGGGUUCGCCUACAAAGCAGCGUCCUCCUUACGCUGUAAAUUUCUGCAAUUCGUGGAGGGAAGCUGGACUCCGAUACUCUGUCACGCAACGCCGGAGCAAAGGCUUUGGCCGGGUGGCAGCUCUCGAUGAUAAUUCUGACGAUUCACCAACGGAGACCACCCCCGGCGUUGGCUCUGCUGUAGAAGACAGACCACCAGAUGCAUCCGAAGAUAGAUCAAGUUCGGUCUAUGAGUUUCUCUAUCCCCGUAAAGAGGAGCUCCCUGAUGACAAAGAAAUGACUAUUUUCGAUCAUCUCGAGGAGCUCCGGGAGAGAAUAUUCGUCUCUGUUUUGGCUGUGGGAGCUGCAAUCUUGGGAUGCUUCGCUUUCUCCAAAGAUCUUAUUGUGUUUCUUGAAGCUCCCGUCAAAACUCAGGGUGUACGCUUUCUGCAGCUUGCUCCUGGCGAAUUUUUCUUCACAACUCUAAAGGUCUCGGGUUAUUGCGGGCUUCUACUAGGAAGCCCAGUGAUCCUGUAUGAGAUUAUAGCUUUUGUCCUUCCCGGUCUGACACGGGCUGAAAGAAGGUUUCUGGGGCCAAUUGUCUUUGGUUCCUCCUUGCUCUUCUAUGCUGGACUUGCCUUCUCCUACUGGGUUUUAACCCCUGCAGCCUUGAAUUUCUUUGUGAAUUACGCGGAAGGGGUGGUAGAAUCUCUGUGGUCUAUCGACCAGUACUUUGAGUUUGUACUAGUGCUUAUGUUCAGCACGGGCCUGUCUUUCCAGGUUCCAGUCAUUCAGUUACUCCUGGGACAAGUAGGGGUGGUGUCGGGAGAUCAAAUGCUUUCAAUUUGGAGAUAUGUGGUGGUAGGUGCGGUGGUUGCAGCAGCUGUAGUCACACCCUCGACAGACCCUGUCACUCAAAUGCUCCUAGCAACACCGCUUCUGGGGCUCUACUUGGGUGGUGCAUGGAUGGUCAAGCUCACAGGUCGGUGAGAAACUUAGUUGUUCAAAGACAAAUAAAUCAUGUAUCUUGUA